AUGUCUGACGGCGAGGCGGAGGAGGAAGAGGAAGAGGAAGAGGAAGAGGGUGACUACGAGGAGGAGGAGGAAGAAGAGGAGGAGGGUGACUACGAGGAGGAGGAGGAGGAAGACGCGGACGUUGGGAAGGAGGACGAGUACGAGGACGACGACAGCGUUGUGGCGGCCGGCGACGACGAGGCGGCGGCGGCGGGGGAGCAGCAGCGGAUGGAGGAGGCGGGGCAGCUCCUGCCGCAGUUCCGCCCCGGCACGACAGGCCUUGCGGCUCUGCAGGACGUCGUGACGCCCAACGACCCGUGGUUUGUGAAGUACCACCAGGACAAGCACGGCGGCAUUGACACAAGCCCCAUGCGGCCGCAGGCGGGUGGCGGCGCCAACAUCGCCGUGGCGGCCUCUGCCCACGCCGUGCGCCACCUCCUGCACGCACCCUUUGUGCUCGGGAAGAGCCACCCGCAGAGGCCGCCGUACAUGCAUGAGACGCUGUGGGCAAAGUGGCUGGACUACUGCGCCGCGGAGUCGCGGGGGCCGAUGACGGCGGAGGAGCGAGGCCUGCUAGACCUCCUGCAGGGGUACCCGGACGUGAUGGACUGCUGCCGCUCGUGGGAAAACGCGGACGCGCGGUGCGAGAUCUUCCUCCUCCACGCCGUCAACCACUGGUUCAAGGCGCGCUCUGUCGUGCUGGCGCACGACGCCCUCCUGCAGGAGCGUAGGCGGGAGCGCAAGCGGCGGCAGAAGAAGCGGCGAAUGACGGACGCCGGCAAGAAGCGUGGAGAGGCAGCGGAGGAGGAGGAGGAAGAAGACGAGGACGAGGAGGCGUACGAGUUUCGCGACCGUGGCUUUGGCAGGACGCGGAUUAUCAUCCUGCUGCCCAUGCGCAACAUCGCCCAUCGCUACAUGACAACGCUUGUGAAGCUGCUGCGGGCGUCGCCCGGGGAGUGCGGCAAGCUGGCCAUGUUCAACGAGGACUUCACGGAGCUGGCGGAGGCGGCCGACCCCACCUUCAAGCGCCGCCCACGCGACUACCAGCGGCAGUUUGCCGGCAACAUUGACGACGCGUUCUGCGUCGGGGUUCGCCUGGAGCCGAGCCGGGUGCGGGUCUACACACACCCGCUGAACAGCGACGUGAUACUCUGCUCCCCGCUUGGCCUGCGGCGCCGGCUGGAACGCAGCGGCGACGUGCUGGUGUCGCUGGCCUCCAUUGAGGUCUGCCUCCUUGACGAGGCCCACGUGCUGCUCAUGCAGAAUUGGCAGCACGUGGAGGAGGUGCUGCGGCUGCUGAACAAGCGGCCGAAGGACACCACCCACGGGCUCUCCGACCUGCGGCGGGUGUACGCGUGGGCGCUUGCGGGGCAGAGCGGGCGGCACCGGCAGACAAUUAUGUGCACCGACCUGACGAACGCGACGCUCCUGGCGACGUUUCGCCGCGGCGUGAACAACUCCGGCCGGGUGCUGCUGCAGCGCCGCGAGGAGGCAGGGGUGCUGGCGCAGGUGAUGGUGCCGGUGCGGCAGCACUUCCUGCGCUUUGACGCGGGCGCCGACCCGAAGACGUGCGACGACGCCCGCUUCGACUUCUUCACCCGCGAGGUCUACGCGACGAAAAUCAGCCCCCUCGUCGAGCGGGACGUGCGCACCAUCGUCUUUGUGCCGUCCUACUUUGACUUUGUGCGGCUGCGCAACUACCUGAUCCGCGAGCACCGCGACUCCUUCGCCGCCAUCUGCGAGUACACCUCGCUGCCGCGGCAGCGGAAGGCGCUGGGGCAGUUCACCGACCUCGAGCGCCCGCUGCUGCUCGUGACGGAGCGCUUCUACUUCUUCAAGCGCUACUUUGUGAAGCUGGCGGAGGUGAUGGUCUUCUACAGCCCCCCGCUCUUCCCCGCCUUCUACGUCUCGCUCGUCGGCCGCCUCGUCGCCGCCUCGCCCAACGCCUUUGCGCUCACGCUCUUUUGCCGGUUUGACACGCAUGAGCUCCACCGCCUCGUCGGCACGCGACGCACGCGGCAGCUGCUCGAGCGUGAGGCGGACGCCUUCUCCUUUGUGACGAACUGA